AUGAGUGAAAGCGAAGGACAAAUAAAUUUAAAUGUUAGCAAUUCUCAUCAGAAAUCUAAUAUACAAUAAGUUGAGUAACAAAUUAAUAAUCAGAUUCUAGAAUAAGAGAUUCCUGUUAAUAAUGCUUAAGCUGAAGAAAAUUAAUAAUAGUAAGUUUGUUUUAUUCAUAUUGAAAGGGAAAACAACAAUCUUAUAGGAAAUUAAAAUGCUUAAAUAGACAAUGUUGGUUAAGCAUAAAUAGCAAACCAAAAAAUUGAUUUUUAUAAAAGCAUUCAUUUUGUUUCUUAGGAAAUAUAAUCACCAGAGUAAUUUUUCGAAAAAGUAUUAUAACUAACUAUUUAUAGUUUCAUUAAAAAGAAAAUUUAAAUAAAAAAUGCUGUUAAGCCUGUUGUCUUCCAAUAGGUUCUCAUACAUUUUGCUUUGGAACAGAAAAUACAAAAUAAGAUUUUAAAUAGUUUGGUCUUGGUAUUAAUCUAUAUUUUCGAUUCUUGAAAAAAUUAGGGUAAUUUUUUAUUAUUUUUACAAUAUUAUCUAUUCCAUAAUUAUUCUUUAGCAUAUUAGGUAUUAAUAAUGAAUUAAUAUAGCAUAUACUGGAAGUAAAUCUCGUGAUACUUCUAAUUCAUUUGAGUUUUUAAUGGCUACUACUAUUGGUGCAACUAGUUUGAAUAAUAAAGAUUGUUAAAUUUAAGUAUUUCAGAUUAAUGAAGAUUCUAAUAUUGAUGAUAAAUUUAUUGAAUUUAAUUUAUAGUGUGAUUCUGGAAAUCUUGCUGGAUCAUCAUUUUCUUAUGGCAUAAUCAAUACAAAUGAAUAAGAUUGUAUUUAUUUAAGUUACUCUGAAUUAAACUUAAAUACAACUAAUUAAGAUCGAUUAAAUUAAUUAAGAUAAUAAAUUGAUUCUUAAGAAGAAUUUACAUUUACUUUAAAUUAAUCAGAUUUUGUUAAUGAAGAUCCUAAAGGAAAAAGAAUCUAUGCAGGAGCAUUUUGUAAAGAAGCCAUAAUAACUAUUGGAUCAUUAGAAUUAUAAUCAAAAAUAGUACCUAUCAUCUUUGCAUCUUGUGAUGCAGCAAUAGUUUUGUUAUUCAUAUAUUUUUUAAUUAGCUUAACUGUUAGUGAAAAUAAGUACAAUAAAAUAUCACAAAAUGAGUCUCCUACAUUAUAACAUUUUUCCUUUUAAAUAUCAAAUUUACCAAAUUAUGAACAAUUAAAAAAAGCUUUAUAAAGAAAUGAAAAUAUUAUAAUAAAAGAUUUAUUGCUUAAUUAAGUGAAAUAAUUCAUUAAUGAACAAUUAAAAUCAGUUCUAGAAGGUUAAGAUAUAUAGAUUUAUGAUAUUUAAUGUUCAGAAAACGAAACAAUAAUAGAAUUAUAAAAUUAACUAAAUAAAAGAAAAAUCAAAAUUUAAGAGCUCUUAAAUAAAUUAAAAAACUUAAAUCCAGCUAUAUUUAACAACAAGAUAGAAAAUCUAAAGGUAAUAAAUUUCACAAAAGAAAUAUAUUAAUAAUUUUAUUCUAACUUUAAUAACGAUGCAGGUGCUCCUUCUAAUUAGUAUAAUAUGACAAAAAUUAAUAAGGAUAUUGAGAAAUAUUGGUUAGAAAUAGAUGAAAUAGCUAAUAAAAUUAAUCAAAUUCAAUAAAAUGAGCAUUUCAAAUAUAUUUGGGUUACUUUUGAUACAAUAAGCUAAAAAGAAAAAGUGUAAAAAAGACUUUAAAGUCUUCCCAAAGAUUGGCUUUAUUAUUAUACUUGUUAUAAAUGUUAUAAAAAUGAUGAAGAAUAAAAAAAAUUGUAAAAUAUUUUAAAUUAUUUAGUUUACUUAAAAAAUUUAAAUUAUAAAUUAAAGAUGCACCUAUUCCUGAGAAUAUAAAUUGGCGAAGUCUUCAUUAUACUAUGAAACAUAGAUUUCUUAGAUAAUUUUGUAGUUUUUUUUGUACUUUAAUUCUAUUAGCUUGUUCAUGGAUUUUAAUAAGCUGGGUAAAUCUAUAAAAAUCAGAAUUUCAAGAAUAAUAUCCAUCAAUAAAUUGCAAUAAUAAAAUCUAUAAUAAUAUAACAAUAGAAUAAGUUUAAUAAGAAAUUGAUAAUAAAAAUAAUUCUACUAUUAAAGGUUAUGUAGAGUGCUAUUGUAAACCUAAAUUUAGUGAAAUUCUAUAAGGAGAUCAUGAAAUAUGUUAAGAUUGGAGUAAAUAGUAUACAUUCUAAUAAUCAUUACCUUGGAUUAUUGUAGCAGGACUAAUAUUAAUAAAUAUUUUAAUUUAAUACAUUUUAAUUAGUAUUAAUUAACAUUAUUAUUUAGUUCUAUCAAAAUGGGAAAAACAUCUAAUGAUUUCCUAAGAAUAUUCAAGCAGAAUUUUUAAAGUAUUUCUUGCUUAAUUCUUAAAUACAGGAUUGAUUCUUCUAAUUACAAAUAUAGAUUUUGGUAAUUCUACUAGAAAUGAUGCUCCAGAGACUAUUAGAUUUCUUUUUGGAGGAAAAUAUGGAGAUAUUGAUUCUAAAUGGUGUCAAAAUAUAGGAAUUGUUUUGGUAUCUAAUUAAAUUUAAUAAAUAUAGUUAUUAACUUUAUUGAUUAAUAUUUUAACAUAACCUAUUAUGCUUUUUAUUGAAAUAAUUAUUAGAUAUAUAAGAAAGGCUUAUGAUUAAUGUUCAUGUUGUUUAAAUGAAAAGAAAACUAGAUAAAAAAACUAUUAAGAUUUCAAAGAUUUAUAUAAAGGAGAAGAAUUUCGAGUUGAAUUGAGAUAUGCAUAAAUUUUGACUGCCCUUUAUAUUUGUGUUAUGUAUAGUCCUGCACUUCCAUUCUUAUACUUCAUUACAAUGCUUACAAUUUGGUUCCUUUAUUUUGUAGAUAAAAUUUCUAGUAUUAAAAUAAAAUAAAAAAAUAGUUUUUUCCACAUAUCGAAAACCAAUCAGAUUAGAUUAAAUAAUUAGUGAAUCUGUGAGAAAAUAUUUAUGGAUAGCUGUUAUUAUACAUUUAAGCUUUGCAAUUUAUAUUUUUGGAAGUUCUAAUUUAUUUUAUGAAACUACUGAGGCUAAAAUUGUAAUAGAUUAAUUAUCAGAUGUUUAUGGUUAAUAAAAUGUUGCAGUGGAAUGGUGGGAUAGAUCUUGGAGUUAAAUACCGAAUGUCAUUUUGUUAACAAUCCUUGCUUUGAUUGUACUAAUAAUAAUUAUAUUCUUCUUUUGUUAUAAACCAAUAAUAGGAUUGUUUUCUAAAUGUUUUGCUUGUUGUAAUUAGGAAAUUAAUAAAAAUAAUCUACUUGGAUUAGAUGAAUAAGAAUAAAGACCAUUUUUAUAAUGUAAUAUUAAUUAAAUUUAUUCUAGUUCUAAAAAUGGAAUAAUUAAAGGAUGAUCAAAAAUUCACAUAAUAUUAAAUAAGUCAGCAUCCUUAAAUUUAUGAAGGAAAAUAUCUCAAAUUGUAGACAGAAUUUAAAGAACCCAAAAAUGAUAAUUCUCCUAUAAACAAUCAAGAAAAUCAAAUAGAUUAAUUAACUCAAGCUUAAAAUAUAAAUAAGAAAAAUAAUUAGAAACUGGUAGGUUUAAGGUCAUAUAACAUAGCAGUAUUAUUUUUUUCUUAUUUUAGUAUAAUAAAUCAUACUUAAAAUACUAUGAAUGGGAAUAGAUUAGAGCCAUUAGAAUAGAAUGA